CCAAUUAUCUCGUCGAUGCCGAGCGCAAGUUUAAGCGCUAGUGAUAUUUGUGGUGCAAUAUUGCCGUUACUGCCUAUUUGAAAUACUCGAAACGGAUUUUGGAGGCAAUCUGGUGACAGGUUGAGCCAGUUGUAAGUGUUACGAGCAUUUUACUUGAAUUUCUUUGUUCGCGGGUGCAAUGGAUAUCGAGAUACUCAAAUGUGAUACAUUGGAAGUUCUGCAGAAUGGUGACAACACCAUUUUGCAAAAGUGGAUAUCCUCGUGUCGAGAGUUUCGAUCGCACGUCGCCGCCAAGAUCGAGGAGAAAUUGUCGCUGGAGGCAGAUAACACCAAGAAGAAAUCUAUCAACUUAGAACAGACGACAGGUCUUCAACAGGAAAUCAACGCUGUUGAGUCUAAUAUAAACAACAUUGUGCCAAAACUUAAAGUAGUUGAUAAAAAAAUAUCUAAUGCUACAAAGUUACAAGAGAAUAUAAAGACCGAAUCAGAUGAAAUGAAAGCUCAAUUGGAAACUUUGUCGUUAGAAGUAUUAGACUCACAAAUCAAAAUAGAAGAGAGAAAGAAGAAGAAAGUUUUGACAUGGGAUGCUCUUAAACGUGCAUGCAAACUGUACAAAGUGAAUUUGGAUAUACAUAUAAGUCUUCAAGAGGAGAAAGAUUGUCAGAAUGUAAAAUUUUCCUUUUUUACACACAGUAAAGAUAUGCAGGACAUGUACUUUGUCCAAUUAUCAUGCAUCCAAGAUCACUGGAAAGUUGAACAGAUUGAACCAAAAAUAAAGGAGGAACAUUUCAAUCAGUUAAGCUCCAUCACAGAUUUUCCUGGCUAUUCCAAAGUAUCAGACAUUAAGUUGUUUUUGUGCCAGAUACGAAAUGUAUAUCUAAAGUAUUACAUGAAAACGAGAAAAAAAAAACUGUAAAAAAUUUGAGACUGUUAUC